CAUUCUCCAUGUGGUGUCUCCCACGCCGCCCACGCGCGUUCGCACAUUAUCGUAUGUGAAAUGCGCAUGAGAAAUGAGAUAGUUGGGCGCGCACCAGCCCACUGUCUGUCGAGGUUUGCUUUUUCCCUUGCCUUGCCUUGUCUUCCUCCAGUCGAGCUCAUUUCCGACGCAACGCACUUUGACGGCGCCAAUGGAUAGUUAGAUCAAUGUCAAGGCCUCGGUCCAGCAUCGUAGCGUAGCGGCCAUGACGCACAACCCCAAAAUUAUGUGACUGCGGCUCGAGCUUCGCGAUUCAGAUGUGUCGUGCUGUCGCUGCCAUAAGGUAAUGGCUGUCCAUCUCACCCCUGACCCAUUGUCCUUUCGUCUGAAGUCUGGAGGGUUGGAGGUGCCAGGCGGUGAAGGGGACAGACGUUCGAUUGGCCCAUCGGGGAGAGCCAAGCUGACCGAGGAUAUAUGUGUUCAAGAAGGCAACAGUUUCGCCGUGGUACGGUACUGUACGGUACCUAGCUAUGAACAUGGUGAGCUGGGAAGAUUGGCUGUCGUCAUAUCUCUCUCUAUGCGCGGUCAAUCCGUCCAUCCUAUCCUUUGCUGCAAACAGCGAGCGGGCCGACUACUCACGGACCGUGUCCAUCCAUCCAUUCAUUCACUCAGUCAUUCAUUCAUUCAUUCGAGCGCUCCCCGGUACACACCGUUGCAUAUACAGUCGUGGGUCCCUGUCCGUGCAUGUCACUCUGUAUUUUGCUGUAACGUUGGGCUGCGUACCUUGGGCGCAUCACCGCCUUAUCGCAUAGCCCUGCACGCGCUGCCGUCCACAUUCCACUUGCAGUGCUUGAAGCGAGAACCUGUACCCGUCUACGGAAGUUCGCACCAUCAGCCGAGCAUGCAAGGCCCGUUGAGGCGGGCGGCAGCAGCACGUGUCCACCCGCCCUGUCCAGGAUUGGAAUGCCGUUGGUUAUGCCCAUGCAAUACAUGUAAUACGUCGCCAGACUAUGCUCUCGCAAAAUCAUUCUCCCUCACCGCGUCGUUGCUGCAUCCUACGGGCCCAGUAAAGGCUAAAGUCACAACAUCAACUGUUCCCUGGCACCGAAUAACAUGUACAUUGGCGUCUUAUUGCGGUAAUAACCUUCUUGCAGCAUCAUGAGCCACAGUCCGGCGAUCCUACAGCGUCGGGAGAUUUUUCCGUACUUUUGCCAGUAGUGUGAAAGGGUAAAGGCCUAUCAAAAUGGAUGCGUUGGAACAAGUUUCCGCAUUGGCCUUCUCGUGGUGAUCAUCAUCAUCGGACCCUCAUCUCAUGUGAAAGUCUCCUGUUUUUUUGUUGCUGCAGGUCGUGUUGCCGU